AUGUUUCAAAGACUAUACAACAAGAAGAGUUACACGUCAAUAUUGGGUCCUCAAUUGUUAAAUAGUUUAACAAAGAGUCACUUCAACAAGAUGAUGAAUAGAUCGAUUAGCUCAUGUGUCAACAUGGCACGUAGCAGUAUGAAAAAUAGCAUAAAUAGUAGCAGCAGUAGGAUUGCAUCUUUAUCCUCUUCUUCAUUGUAUAAUAAGUUUUCUGUAUCAUCUUCUUCUUCUUCUUCUUCUUCCUCCACCACCACUUCAACACCCAACAUAUAUACUGCAUCAUCAUCUGCAUUUUUGAACAACUCAUCUUCGACAUCUAUGCCAUCCAUUUCAACUGCCUCUUCAACCUCAUGCCAAUCAUCGCCAUCCUCUGGUGUACCAACCAUCACUAGCAAGAUUAAUAUAAGUUCGGCAAUGUUUAAACUCAGUAGUUUCGCUAUCAUUUCUGAUGGUAAGAUAAGAGUUAUAAUCAAGAUUGAAAAGACAAUUAUGUUAACUGACGACGACGAAUACAGCAACAAAAACAACGCUAGUAGUCAGAAACUCGGAUCCCUCUUUAAAGAUUCAAACCAAUUAGCAGGAAAUCAAUCAUUGACAUAUAGCAAUAACAAACAAAUGUCCUCAUCAACCAAACAAGACAUUAUCUUGGGUGCUCCCAUUCAUUUAUAUAAAUACGACCAACCAGCAGACAAGUAUGUCACGGUUGGUAGUUUUUCAGCAGCCCUUGUUACAUACCGUCCAAAUGGAAAGUUCCAAUUACUUAUCUAUGACGCCACCAGAAAUUCAAUUGUAACUGCCACUGUUACAUCGACUUUUAACUAUUCUGUCAAUGAAUUAUAUGGUAAUUUCACAGACCAAGGCACCAACUGGUCAAUGUCAUUCAAUAGCAAAGAGGAAUCUAUCAAGUUUGCUACACAUAUUGCUAUUGCCAAGUGUGCUGCAGGCAACUAUCAAUCGGUCGUUGCUCUAGACUUGGCCGCUGCUGGCAAGGGCAAGGGAGUUGGAAACGGCGACCGUGUCUCUAUUAAAUAUACCGGUUGGUUAGACUCGAACCAACGUGUUGGAUCCAUGUUUGACACCAACACUACAUCAGAUGCUGCCUUUCGUUUUGUCCUAGGUGAAGGUAAAGUCAUCAAAGGUUGGGACGUUGGUGUCCAGAAUAUGAAAAAGGGUGUCAAGCGUGUCAUUGUAGUGCCAUCUGAAUUGGCCUAUGGCAAGACUCAACACUCUUCCAUUCCACCAAACUCUAACCUCAUCUUUGAGGUUGAGGUUAUCGGUGUCAAAAAGGCCGAUGCUCCCGCUGGUGCUGCCCAACCAUCUGCCACCACCGCCUCGCAACUUCCAUCAUUGUCUGGCUCGUCUGGCAUCCCACCAUCUCAAAACCUUCCAAAUACUCUGUUUGAAGGUUCUCCAUCACCUGUCAAGGACGACAAGGCUGCCGUCAUCCAACGUAUGGCCAAGUUGGGUAGAGCUACUGGUCUAACUUCACCUUCUCCAUCUGAUUCUGAAUCUUAUUCUGAUAAUAAUAGCAAGAGCAGCAAUAGUAAUCAGAAUAACAAUCAAAACAACAACAACAACAACAACAACAAUAACAACAAUCAAAAUAAUAACCAAAACAACAACAAUCAAAACAAUAACCAAAAUAAUAACAAUAACAAUAACCAAAACAAUAACAACAAUAACAACAACAAUGGUUAUAACAACAAUAACAAUGGUAACAACAAUAAUAACAAUGGUUUCAACAAUAACAACAAUGGUAAUAAUAAUGGAUUUAACAACAACAAUAACAAUAAUGGUUUCAAUAAUAAUGGUCAAUUCAAUAAUAAUAAUGGUAACUUUAAUAAUGGUCAAUUUAAUAAUAAUACACCAUUUAAUGCCAAUUAUGGUAAUAAUGGAUUUAAUAAUCAAUUUGGUGGAGUUCAACAACAACCACCAUUUAAUCAAUUUGGAUCACCAUACUCGCCAACUCCAGCUGCUGCUUUUGGUUUGAGUCCACAAACUACCAACAUGUUGGCACUUCAAGGUGCAUACAACCCAGGUGCUAUUGUUCCAAUGGCUGCAUCACCACCAAUCAUUGUUCAACAACCAGCUCCACCCCCAGCCCCUGCUCCAGUCGUAGCUCCAGCUCCAGCUCCAGUUGCAGCUCCAGCCGGUCCAUCAACCGCAGAGACUGUUCAAUUAUUAGUAGAGGAACGUCAAUUCAAAAAGGAAAUCAAAUCAAGCUUGGUCACUUUUAACACCAAGUUGGACGAAGUUUCAAACAACGGUGUCAUGUUGGUACAAACAUUACACAAGAUUGUCGAUGACAAUGAAAAGUUGCUCAAGGACAAUGUUGAAAAGGAUCAACGUCUCACCACCAUGAAAGAGACUAUUGCCCAAUUGCACAAAAAGAAUGAAGUAUUCUUAGAGGAAAACACCAAGAUGUUGGAGACACGUAACGACGCCUUUUCCGACAAUGUCGCACAGGCUCGCAAACAAGUGAUCCAAUUGCAAAAGGAAAAGUCACAGAUUGAGGAAGAGUUGGCCGACAAGCAAAUCGCAUUGACUCGUGCACUCUCACAAAUCAACGCCUCCAAGCGUGAAAGCAACACCAUCAACGAAGAGUUGGCCAGUGCUCGUGAUGAGAUCACCAAGAUGAUCCAAGACCAAGAUACUGCUCGUCAAGCCGAAAAGGAACAGUCUGCCAAGGUACGUGCCCUCAACAAGAUGUUGCUCAGCGAACGUGCCUCUAGAAAGACCGAUGCCGACAGAAUCAGCACCCUCGAGGACGAGCUCAAGGACGCCCAAGACCAACAAGCUCAACAAGAAAAGGCUCAAGAGGAGGCCACCAAGAAGCACAAGAUCGACUUGCUCAAGCUCAAGAAGCGUUACGACGACAAGAUCGCCGCUCUCAACCUCGAAGUCGCCCAAGCCAAGGAGACUUUGGAAAAGGAACGUCAAGAGAUGGGCAACCUCGCCGCCUUGAUCGAACAAGCCAAGCAAGACGUAGAGACCAAGUUUAACCUCUUGCUCGCCAAAAAGGACGACGAUAUCACCGAGAUUCGUCUCCAAGUCGACACUGAAAAGCGUCAAUCUGCCACCGCCAAGUCAUUGCUCGAACGUGAUGUCGAACAAUUGCAACAACGUGCCGACACUCUUAGCAAGGAGGUCGAGUUGGAAAAGACCAACGUUGUCAAGGCCUAUGAACGUGGUUUGGUUGAAAGCAGCAAGGAAACUGGCGCCAAGUUGAAGCAAGUCAUUGAAGAAAAGGAGGUCUUAGUCGAACAACUCAAGGAAACCGAACAAGACAAGACCGCUGCUCAAGACAAGGUCAACUCUUCUCAACAACAAAUUAAAUCUUUGGAAGAACAAUUAAAGAUUGCAAAGGAAACUGUUGUUGUUGCUCAAGCUGCUCCAGCUGCCACCACCACCACCAUUGUCAAACAGGUUGUCAACAAUGUAGAUAUGACCAAGGAAGUCAAGUCUUUGAUGCAAGAUGUUUUCGUUGGUAUUGCUGAUGAAUUUGAAGAAGAGGAAACUUACUCUACCGAUGAUAUCAUGUCAACUUUCAAGGGUGUAAUCAAACGUGUUACAAUGGAAUUCAUUCAAUCAAAACAAGAAGAAAAGGAAAAUGAUGAUGAAGAAGAAGAAGAAGAAGUUGAAGAAGAAGAAGAGGUCGAAGAAGAAGAGGAAGAAGUUGAAGAAGAAACUGUUGCUGAAACCAAGGUUGAACCAGUUGUUGCUGCUUUCGAUCCAUUAUCAUCAUCAACCAAGGUUGAUAAUGAUGACCAAGAUGACGACGAUGAUGAUGACGAUGUUGACUUUGAUGAUGAAGAGUUAAACAAGGAAAUCAACGCCGAACUUGAACAAUUGGAAAAGGAGGAAGAAGAAGAAAACAAGGUUGAAGAACCAGUUGUCGUUGUUGAAGAGAUCAAAAAGGUUGAAGAACCAGUCCAAGAGGAAGAAAAGGUCAAGGAAGAGAUUGUUGUUCCAACACCAGUUCAAGAGGAAAAGGAACAAGAUGAAGAUGAAAUCGAUUUGGAUGGUGAUGUAGAUUUGGACGAUAUCAAUGUCGAUGAUGUCGAUGUUGACGAUUUACUCGAAAGUGACGAAGAAAAGGAAACUGUUGCUGUUCCAGAAAUCGAACAAGAACCAACUCCAUCAACCAAGGUUGAAGAAGAGGAAGUAAAGGAAGUUGCUGCCGACGAAGAAACCAAAUCAUUCUCUGUAUCUCAAGAAAAGACUGAAACUCAAGAUGAUAAUGUUCCUGAGCCAGAACCAGUCAAGGUUGAACAAGUUGAAGAGGAAGAAGAAGAAAAGGUUGUAGUGCCACCAGUUGGUGAAGAUGACCAAGAGGAAGAAGAAGAAGAAGAAGAAAAGGUUGUCGUACCACCAGUUGAUGAAGCCAAGGCUGAAGAAGAAGAACAAGUUGAACAAGCCAAGGUUGAACAAGUUGAAGAAGUUGCCAAGGUCGAAGUUGAACAAGUUGAAGAAGUAGCCAAGGUUGAAGAGGAAGAAGAAAAGGUUGUCGUACCACAAGUUGAUGAGGUAGAAGUCACCGUCCCAGAAAUUGAAGACGAUGAAGAAGAAACUCCAUCCAACCCACCACCAAUUCCAGAAGAUGACGAACCAGUUGUCAUUGCCACUCCAUCAUUGGAAGAGACUGCCAAUAGCCAAGACAAGUCAUCUGAUGAUUUAUCAGACAACUCUUUUGAAAAGAUCCCAAUCCCAACCCCAGAGGAUCAAUCCUCUGAAGAGGAGGAAGAGAUUGCCCCAGAAGAUGCUGACGAUUCGUCAGUGUCACUCCCAACCAAGAGUGUCAUGUCACGUCAAGUCGAUCACAUUGAAAUCACCCGUUCCUUCCCAGUUGCAUCACCAGCACCAAAACCAGAAGAAGAAAAGAAGCCAGCCAAGAAGACCAGCUUCUUUGAUUUUGAAGACAACACUGUAUUCGCAGCCGAUGAGCCAUCUGCUUCCACUCCCUCCACCUCCACCCCAAAGAAGGACUUUUUCAGUGACGACGUCUUUGGUACAUCAUCAACCUCCUCACCUUCCGCCACUACUACCACCGGUGGUGGUUAUGACUCUUUGUUUGCCGAUAGCUCAUUUGGCACCUCUACAACACCAGCCAAAAAGACUUCAUUUGACAGUGACUCACUCUUUGGUGAUUCAUUUGCCGCCAAGCCAUCUACUCCAUCAUCUACCGACAAACCAAAACAAGAUUUCAUCUCACUUUUCGGAUCUGAUCCAUUGGCAUCAUCCAACUCUUCAGAACAAGAGGAUAAGCCAAUCGAAUUACCACUUUAA